GUGAUGUUGAUAACCUUAUAGCCUAGAUAAGAGCCUCGCAUCAAGGAUAACAUGGCAGCAGAAAAUGUCCAAAAUGAGAAGACACCAUCCCCUGUUACUCCAAAUCCAGCCAUGACUUCGUGUCGGAAGAAGAAGAGCGAACAAGCAACUUUUCUAGAAGACAUCAAGGAUCACAUGGAUGAAUUCAUUCAUGCUUCUAUGGAUGAACACAAAACUUGCUUCAAGAAGACCAUCCAAAAGAUGUUUGGCAUGUCAAAAAUUGUUGCGGAAAGGAAUGCUGAGGCUAAAGAGGUUGAAAGUUCUCUGCCCCUGCAAACAACAUUGGCUAAGUAGGAUUUUUGGCACAUCUUGACUUGAUGGCUAGUAUCAAUAGAGUAGA